AUGGCGCAGCAACAACAGGCGCAGGCGCACGCAAACGAGCUGGCGAAGCGCCGCAGCCGCAAGCCUACAGACAAGAACAUGCCUGAUGGGGUCGAGGACAGCAUUGUGGAUCCCGAGAGCGUCCAACGAUACAAGGACCUUCGGGAGUUGGAGCGGUUGCUGGAUGCGACGACGACGCGGAAGCGCCUAGACAUUUCUGAGAGCGUGAACCGCAGCCACGGCAAGGUGCGCGCGCUUGCCUCCUUUCACUUGUCGUGCUCCCUGUUCAUGUCUCGGGCUGCGCUAACACUCGGGGCUAUUGCUGGGGCUCAGCUAAAGAAGACAUUAAGAAUAUGGAUCACCAACAGCGUCGAAGACCAGGUCUGGCAAGGCAAUGGCCUCAACGUCGACGCGUUCGAUUUUACUCCGAACAUGGAGGCCUCCUACAGGGUCAAGGUUGAGGGCCGUCUGCUUCAUGACAAUGACGAAAACGAGGAGGGACGUGCUGCACAGGAAUCGGACUCGACAGCCCAGGGCAGCACUGUUCAAAUGGACCAUGAUUCGGACACGAAGAAACUGGACGGAGCGACCGCCAAAGAGGCCAAGCACCGAUUUUCGCACUUCUUCAAGGCGAUCACCGUCGACUUUGACCGCUCGAGGUUUCGAAACGGCGCCGAACAGACAGUCGAAUGGAAGAAGCCGGAGAGCGGCCCGAAGUCACAAGCCGCCGGCGCUUCAUCCGCCGUUACGGACUUCGAUGAGCUCACUUUCAAGCGAAACGGGGAUGAGAAUACAAACAUCACAAUCAACCUCUUCCGGCAGGAAUUCCCGGAGCGAUUCCUGCUUAGUCCGGAGUUGGCAGAAGUAGUUGACAUGUCUGAGGCAACGCAGCAGGAAGCAGUCAUGGCCCUGUGGGAGUAUAUCAGGUUUUGGGGCCUCCAGGAAGAUGAAGAGAAGCGCAACUUUCGCUGUGAUGAGCCCUUGAAGAAGGUCGUCGGCCGAGGAGAUGUCGGGUAUAUUCCCAUGCUCAACGAAUACGUCACCCAACACGUCCGACCGCUACCCCCCAUCAGCCUGCCUUACACGAUCAGGGUAGACGAGGACUUUCAUCGAGAUCCGCAGCCGACUGUUUACGACGUCCAAGUUCUUGUAGACGACCCGCUGCGAACCGAGCUCCAGCCGUUGAUAAACAACGCGAAAUACGCCUCCAUGCUGAAAGAUGUCAGCACUCUAGACGAGCAGCUAGCGAAGCUCAUCCAGAACAUCUCCGAGUCCAAGGCCAAGCACUCGUUCUUCACGUCCCUGAGUGACGACCCCGCGUCCUUCGUCAGGAAUUGGCUCAGCUCCCAGAAUCGCGACUUGGAGAUCAUCAUGGGCGAGGCAUCCCGAGUCGCAGGCGAAGGUGCUCAAGGAGACGAGUGGCGAAGGGGCGGUCCGGAGAGUGUGUGGGCGACCCCAAAUGCGCGAGAGAGCGUCAAUGUCUUGUUGGCGCGACAGCGCUAA